ACAUAUUAAGAAAACAUAUUUUAAAUUCACCGAAACACUUUUUAACGCAUACAUUUAGUAAUCACAUGGUAUCUAAGCUUCUAAGGAAAUUCAAUAAACUGCAAAUCCAAGGCGUACGUAACAUGAGAGGUGACUUCGCUCCCCUUGAGGCUUGCCCUGAAGUUUUCAACAACUAUGCGGAGAAAUUAGGGCAAAGCAAUGUAGUAUUUCAGGAUUUGCUAGCAUGGGAAGAUUGGGCAUACAAUGAGCUUACGAAGCCUGUAGUUGGUGUUAUUGUGACCAUCCCGCUCACACCAAAGAUAUGCCGUUAUCGCGAUACUGAUGCUAAAUAUACAUCACCGAAAAAUGUGUCAGCAAAAGUCUGGUUUGCAAGACAGAAUCUACGGAACACAUGUGGAACUGUGGCUUUGUUACAUUUGCUUAACAAUAUCGAGGAUGAUGCAAGCGUGAAUGAAGAUUCUAUCCUUGAACAAAUGAGGAAGCAAUCGCUGAAGGCUUCACCUGCCGAAAGAGGAGCACUGAUUGAAAAGACCGAUAAGAUCAAAGAUCUACAUACAUCAUUUGAAUCACAAGGACAAUCAGCAUACAAUUCCGACGAUGUAGAUACCAUCUGCCACUACAUUACUUUUGUUAUCGUCGAUGAUGACCUUUACGAACUGGAUGGAACACUCAGGUUUCCCGUGAACCACGGAAGAACUGAGCCCAAGGACUUGCUUAGGCGAGUAGAGAAGGUUGUACAAGGGAGUAUAUUCGCAUUGGAGCCAGAUAAUCUACAGUGUGCUGCCAUUGUGGCGUCAAUCAAGCCGGACAAUGAAGAGUGACGAAAUCGCGUGAUCUAUCAUUGAACAAUUUGAGUGCUAUGCAGAAUAUACCACAUCACGAUGUAUUUUACCGUAAUGAAUGUAAAAUACAUUAUCGUAACACUCACGACGUAA